AUGUGAAGUGUCAAAUUCUUAUUGACAAAAAAAUAUUUUUUUCAGAAUUCGAAAAUUCUGAAAAUUAUUGUAUAAUUGUUUACGAUUACGUUACGCAAACGUUGUAGGAUUAUCUGAAUAAUUUCCCAGAAUGUUGAAUUAAUAUAAAAGUUUCUCUGUAAACUCCUAUGUGUUACCAAUAUUAUUAUUAUUCUCAUUCGGUGUUUCCUGUUUUUAAUGAUUUCUUGUCUUGUUUUGCCGCACGAUAAAUAACAAAAUACACGAUGAGGAUUCGGAAGUUAGGUGCGAUGUUCUGCGUCAUGUGCAUCCUGGCAGGCUGCUUCAUCCUCUAUGUGGUAAUGGACUUAGGCUUCUCACAGGAAAAAACCAAGCCGGCCCCAGACCUUGAAUAUAGUAAAUGGGAAUUUUUAAGUGAAAAAGUCCACCGCAUGGAGGCUGAGCUGGACAAGAGCCACAAGGUAGUUAAAAAUAUAAGAGAAAUGAUAAAACAAAUGGAUGCUCAUGAGGAGAGGGAAGAAGACAAGGCAGUACUCUCACCCCCUAAAGAGGACUCCAAGGAACGGCGGGAAAGGGAGUCUAAAGUAGUUGUUGAUGAGCCACCAAGACAGAAGAUAUUCUCCAAGUUUGAUCAAGCCACUUGUCCAGUGCAGAAAACAAGUGUUCCCAAAACUGACAUUCAGAUGCUGUCGAUGUACGACAGGAUAAUGUUUGAUGACCUGGAUGGCGGUGUGUGGAAACAGGGAUGGGACAUCAGAUACGAGUCCAACCAAUGGAACCAGAAACAUAAAUUAAAAGUAUUCAUUGUACCACAUUCACAUAAUGACCCAGGAUGGCUGAAGAAGUUCGAGGAGUACUACAAGACCUCGACGCGCGCCAUCUUCCAGAACAUGGUGGCGAAGCUGCCCGAGGGAAGCGGCAGGAGGUUCGUGUGGGCGGAGACCAGCUACCUGGCGCUGUGGUGGGAGACCGAUGCUACUGCUGAGGAGAAGAAGGCUUUUGAGAACCUCCUAAAAGCGGGUAACAUAGAGGUGGUGACGGGCGGCUGGGUGAUGAACGACGAAGCCAACUCCCACUGGAUGUCCGUGGCCCAACAACUCACUCAGGGUCACCAGUGGCUGCUCAAGAACCUCAAUUAUCUGCCGAAGAACGCGUGGUCUAUUGAUCCGUUUGGUUAUUCGAGCUCGCAACCCUACUUGCUGAAGUUAGCAGGGUUCGAGAAUUCGGUUAUACAGAGGGUGCACUACAGGGUUAAGAAAGAGCUGGCUCAGCAUAAGCAGUUGGAGUUCAAGUGGAGACAGACUUGGGACGGCGUCGGCAAGACGGAUAUGUUUACUCACAUGAUGCCGUUCUACUCGUACGAUGUGCCACACACAUGCGGACCCGAUCCGAAGGUGUGCUGUCAGUUUGAUUUCAUGAGGUUCCCGGGCAGCGGUGUGCGGUGCCCGUGGGGCGUGGCUCCUCUGAAGAUUAUCGAGAAGAAUGUACGAGAAAGGUCCAACUUAAUCCUCGACCAAUGGCGCAAGAAGGCGCAACUGUACCGCAGUAAUGUCGUCCUUGUCCCACUCGGUGACGACUUCCGGUACGACACCAGGAUAGAGUGGGACAACCAGUACUCCAACUACGAGAAGCUGAUCGACUACAUCAAUAAUGAGGACUCUUGGAAUGCUGAGGUCCAAUUCGGCACCCUACAAGACUACUUCAAGGCGGUGCACGAGGAGACAAAGAUGGCGGACAUGCCGUCUCUGUCCGGCGACUUCUUUACGUAUGCUGAUCGCAACCAGCACUACUGGAGCGGGUACUACACGUCGCGGCCGGCCCACAAGAACAUGGAUCGGGUGCUGCUGGGCUAUGUGAGGGCAGCAGAGAUCAUAACCUCCCAAGCGUUAUUCUCCGGAGUAGUAGACCGCGUCAUCAGCCUGCAGCUCAGAGACAAGCUGGAGACGGCGCGGCGCGCGCUGGCGCUGUUCCAGCAUCACGACGGCAUUACUGGCACUGCCAGGGACGCUGUGAAGGAGGACUAUGCGGAGAAAAUGCUAGCAGCAAUAGAAGCAUGCCAAGCGACCAUCCAGCAAUCCGCGUACAACCUGCUCGGCCAACCCCAGAUAGUAGAACAGACCCAGAAGGACAUUUACUUCGAAGUGGACGACAUCUGGUGGCACAACAACAUCCCGACGCGAAUCACUCUGGCGAUUGAUUACCUGUCGCCGGCCAAACGAGUGGUGUUGUACAAUCCGCUCACGUUCCGCAGGCAGCAGGUCGUGUCGGUGUUUGUCACUAAUCCUAAUGUUGAGGUAUUCGACCCGGAAGGCCAGCCGAUGACAGCGCAAGUCUCCCCCGCGGUCUCCACGCUGCUCAAGGUGUCGCUGACGACGGGCAAGUUCGAGCUGUCGUUCCUCGCCACUGUGGACCCGCUGUCCAUGGCGGUUUAUACUGUGAAGCUGCGGGAGGAGAAUAAGAUUAAUAAAUACACGUCAUUCGCAAAAGUGCGCGUAAUCAACGCAGACUACUGGUCGGUGGACCUGCCGGAGAUGUUCGCCGUGGAGACCACGCCUCGUCUCAACGAGAACAUCACUAUCCAGGCGGGGAACAGCACUAGAGUGGUGACGGAUGCCAAUGGCUUGAUUAGAGCCAUCGUCACUAGGGAUGGGAAAGUCACGCCGGUUCAUAUGGAGUUUGUUCACUACGGCAGCCAAAAGGGGCAAGACAACAACAGCGGCGCGUACCUCUUCCUGCCGGACGGGCCGGCGCGCGCGGUGCGGGCGAGCCCGUACCCGGAGGCCGUGCUCAUAUCCGGUCCGGUUAAAGCCACGCUGUCCGUCGCGUAUGUCGCUGAGCACGUUGCUACUAUUACACCUGCGAUAACCGUCUACAAUAACCCGAGCCUCCCUCACGCUGAAGUGGAGAUCACCAACACGUUCCUGCUGGACCCCGCGGCGGACAACCUCGAGCUCGCCAUGCGUUUCUCCACCGUCAUAGCCAAUGGGGACGAGUUCUUCACUGACUCUAAUGCUAUGCAGAUGAUAAAGCGCAAGCGUUUCUCCAAACUCCCUCUGCAAGCGAACUUCUACCCUCUGCCGAGCGCCGCGUAUAUACAGGAUGACGCCGCCAGACUCACGCUGCUCACGUCCACGCCGCUCGGCGUGGCUGCGCUGAAACCUGGACAGAUUGAGAUAAUGCACGACCGUCGUCUCAGCAAGGACGACAACCGCGGGCUGAACCAGGGCAUCACGGACAACGUGCAGACCCGACACACCUUCCGCCUGCUGCUGGAGCCCGCCGCGCCCUGCCAGGCCAAGACACCCCCCGAGCACCCAUCAGGCCAGCUGACCCUCGGCGCGCACGUCUCACAGCAAUCCCUCCUCCAGCCCGUCAUAGUGAUGCACUACGCGGACGCGGCCGCCACCGCCGCGCCAAGUUAUAAACCAUAUAGUGAUGUGGCCAUGCCGGGGGCUGAUGUGGUACUGGCGGCGUACAAUGGAUUUGUUAAUGCUAAGGACAAGUCCGGGGCGGUGUCUCGCGGCGCGGGGCUCACCUUCCAGCGCGUGUUUCUGGAGACCUGCUACGGGGACGGCGGCGUCGCUGUCUACUACCCGCCCGGCAGUGGACAGGUGUAUCUGCCGCACUUAACUCCAGUUCUAAAUCCGGACCAGAUGUUUGAGAGCACCUUGACAUUCAACCAGAUCAAGGAACCGAUCCCCGACGGAAUUUUGAACCUUUGUCCAAUGGAAAUAAGGUCCGUUUUCCUAAAGAAAAGUGCCGACACAACGUAGGGUAGCGAUGUGUAUUGAUAGGUAAACUAAUGUUAAUGUAUUUUUAUUUAUUACGUCCCAGAAUUGUUGAUAACACUUAUAUAAACAGACUAGUAUAUAGAGUUUGAGAGUUAAAUAGAUGAAUAAAACUUAAAAAAGUGUGCUGUGACAUUAUAAUAAGCCAAAAGACGUAAAAUUUACAAAGCCGUAUAAAUUUGUUUUACAUAAUAUUAAAAGCAAAUUAUUAAUUAUAGUAUCGACUCAACGCAAAAUUUCUGUCUUUUUGAGCUAGAUCUUUCAGGCUUUCAAUUUCCUGUUAGGUCGUUACUGUACCCAACAACUGAUAAUAUUAGUAAAUAAAAGACAGGGACUGGCAAACUUUUGCGUAGAUAUGCCACGCGUUUGGAUAAGCUAAGCUUACGAGUAUUAAUUGGUUGUGUUGAGGUAAGCUCAAAAUUCCCUUAACGCAUUUUGAUAAUGAAUAUAAAAAUCUGCAAAAAAUCUUAUGACUGUUUUAUAAAAGGUAAAAAAGUUAGGCUCUUGUUUAGGCGUUUUGUAUGAAACAUAGGAUUUUAGAUGUAUGAUAGAUAGUCUUGCACAAAACGUGUAGUGUAGGUACUUAGAUAAGUGCUGUGCAAAAUCUAAGACGAAAUUUGUUGACUGAAAAUAAAUAAAUUCUUAAUUAAACUUCGUACCAGUUUAAAAAGUAUAAACAAUAAUGCGUCUGGUAUAGUAUUAUACAAUACUUAAAAAUAUUAUUAAUGCAUUUCAAAAAAAUAUUUAUUGACAUUUACAUUACUAACGCGGCGGUCCAUAUAUGAAUGAACUUUCGUGUUUUUGUUACUUACUUAUGUUUUUCACAAGAAGUGUGGAAUUUACGAAAGGCAAUGAUAAUGCGAUGCAUGGAUUGGUUUUUUCUAGUAUUUUAGUAAUCAUCGUUAUCUAGAAACUGAACGGUGUGGCGAUCUCAACCAUAGCUCGUAAUAAUUUGUCGUGGUCAGUUGGACUUGGACACGAUUGUCUAUGCCAAUUGUUUAUCUGGAAGUACCUAUUAUAUUAUCUACUAAUAAAGACACAUUUGUAUUGUGAAAAUUGGAACUCGUUAAGCUUGACACUUUUUAACUUGUACCGACCUCAAUUUGUGCGUCACAUACUAAAUUAGAACUAGUUUUCAUGUGGCAAACUUACUGGGUAAAUUAAUACAUGAGAGUUUUAGCAUGUCUUCCAUGAUGUAGGAAAUAAAUGAUGUAGUGUCAAAGUGCAAAGUGUUAUGCUCAAUGCGUUCCCAAAGUCUCAAUGGGGUCUUUAAUAUUUAUUACUAUUAUUGCAUUUUAUUUUAUUUAUUUAUUGGAAGUGUUAUGUAGAACUGUGUUAUGUAUAUAAUUAUGUGUGACUUUAACGAAAACAUUGUGAUGUAGAUAUUUGAGUUUUGUAAAUAAAUGAUUAAAGAUAUUAUGUAUAAAUUGA